GUGUUCUUAUCCCCUCCUUGCGGCCCCAAUUUAACCUUCUUCCGCCGCACCGACGAAAGAAAUCUUUAAUACCCAUACGACUCCAAUCUCGCACGAGCUUCUUCAUUCCCACCCUCGAAAUGGCUUCCGCGGCCCCACUCUCACCCCCGUCGAUCGCCUCCGCUCGACCACAAGCCACCGCCGGUACGGCGUCCCAGCGACCGGCGCUCGUGCGACUCCCUUCACCGGGGAGGAGAUCGUCUUCCAGGGUGGUGGCUGUUUCCGCGGUGGGGGAGGUGUCGGCGGAAGGCAACACGUAUUUGAUCGCCGGUGCGGUCGCGGUGGCGCUCCUCGGCACCGCCUUCCCCAUCCUCUUCUCUCGCAGGGACAUAUGCCCAGAGUGUGAUGGAGCAGGAUUUAUCAGGCAAUCAGGUGCGACAUUGAGGGCUAAUGCAGCCAGAAAAGACCAAUCUCAAAUUGUCUGUGCUCGUUGCAAUGGGCUUGGAAAAUUAGGACAAACAGACAAGUAAGACAAGUGUAUUUUGAGCAAAACAAGGCAUAUGUAACUAUAUAGAUUAUUUAGAAGUUCUUGGUCAUAUCUCUCCUUCAAGAAUGCAUUCCUAUUCCAACCAGCAGUUUAUAUUUGUCCAUUUGGGUGUGCCUACUCUUAUGUAUUCUCUUGUCACAAAUUAAACCUCUAUUCUUGUAAACUAUAACUUUUCUCUGUUCUUCAAUCAAUGAAGAAGCUAACCAUAACGUGGCAGCAUUGUAACGUCAA